CCCUCCUUAUCCCCUUCGUCUCCCGCCUCCGCUCCCCCGCGCGGCCACGGCGGCCAUGGCCACCACCUCCACCUCGUCGCUGCUGCCUCUCCUCCCCUCCAGGACCCCGACCCCGACCCCUCGCCGCCGCCUCCCGUUCGCCGCCGCCGCCGCCGCCGCAGCGGCGCCACCUCGCCCCUUCCUCGUCUCCUCCCCUCCGCCUCCGCCCGCGCCCCGCGCCCGCCUCGCCCGCCGCGCCGCAGCGGGGGGCCUGUACGGUGGUGGUGGUGGGGAGGAAGAGGGAGACGGGGAGGAUGGGGAGAUGGAGGAGGAGUAUUAUGAUGAUGGGGACGAGGAGGGGGAUUGGGAGGAUGAUGAUGCGGAGGAGGGGGAGGAGAUGGACGUCGAGGCGAUGGAGGAGGAGGCCCUCGGCGCCGUCGCCGACCUCUCCGAGCGGCUCAGCCGCGAGCUCCGCAUCGAUGACGAUGUUCGGGAUAAAAGAAGAAUCAUCAGGGAUAAGACAUCAGCAUCUAAACAUAUACCGGAUAAUCUUCUUCCAAGGGUGGCAAUAAUUGGAAGGCCCAAUGUUGGUAAAUCUGCAUUAUUCAAUCGUCUUGUUGGGGGCAACAGGGCUAUUGUUGUUGAUGAACCUGGUGUGACUAGAGAUCGUUUGUAUGGACGAUCUUACUGGGGGGAUCGAGAGUUUAUGGUUAUUGACACUGGGGGAGUGAUUACUCUAUCAAAAUCUCAAGCAGGUGUGAUGGAAGAGCUUGCUAUUACAACUACUGUUGGUAUGGAUGGGAUUCCUCUUGCCUCUAGAGAAGCUGCUAUUGCUAGGAUGCCAUCAAUGAUUGAAAAGCAAGCAGUUGCUGCUGUUGACGAAGCAGCUGUGAUACUAUUCAUCGUGGAUGGUCAGGAUGGCCUUGUGGCAGCUGAUAUAGAAAUUGCUGAUUGGUUACGUCGCAACUACUCUGACAAGCAUAUUAUACUUGCUGUAAACAAGUGCGAGUCUCCACGGAAAGGGCAAAUGCAAGCUUUAGAUUUUUGGUCAUUAGGAUUUUCUCCUCUGCCAAUAUCUGCCAUUACUGGCACUGGAACUGGAGAGCUCCUUGAUAUGGUGUGUUCAGAGCUAAGUAAUUUUGAGGAACUGGAUGGAGUUGAAGAAGAUGGAAACUAUAUUCCUGCUAUUGCCAUUGUCGGAAGACCUAAUGUCGGGAAAAGUAGUAUUCUCAAUGCUUUAGUUGGAGAAGAUAGAACUAUUGUGAGCCCUGUUAGUGGGACAACCCGUGAUGCCAUAGAUACCGAGUUCACCACAGAAGAUGGGCAGAAGUACAAACUCAUUGACACCGCUGGCAUCCGACGAAGGGCAGCAGUUGCUUCUGCUGGCAGCACAACGGAAACACUUUCAGUAAAACGUGCAUUUCGUGCAAUCCGCCGGUCUGAUGUGGUUGCCCUUGUUGUUGAAGCAAUGGCCUGCAUUACGGAGCAGGACUAUAAAAUAGCAGAAAGAAUUGAGAAAGAAGGAAAAGCAUGUGUAAUUGUUGUGAACAAAUGGGACACAAUCCCAAACAAGAACCAUCAGAGUACAACAUAUUAUGAGCAAGAUGUAAGAGAGAAGCUUCGCAUACUCGACUGGGCUCCUAUUGUUUAUUGUUCUGCAACACAUGGCAGCAGCGUUGACAAGAUAAUUUCUGCUGCUGCACUAGUUGAAAAGGAAAGGUCUAGAAGACUUGGUACGUCUAUUCUUAAUCAAGUUGUUAGAGAAGCUAUAGCAUUCAAACCACCACCACGAACAAGAGGUGGUAAAAGAGGUCGUGUUUAUUACACAACACAGGCUGCCAUUCGUCCGCCAACGUUUGUUUUCUUUGUUAACGAUGCAAAACUUUUCCCCGAGACAUUCCGUCGUUACAUGGAAAAGAAGCUUCGCUCUGAUGCUGGAUUCCCAGGAACCCCUAUUCGUUUAUUGUGGCGUAGCAGGAAGAGACCAGAUAAAAAAGGUAAAUCUGCAGACAACAGCUUGCAGAGCUCAGUAAUCCCAAGCAGAAUGGCGUUAGCCACAUGAGUUACACAUGCUUUUCCUUUCUUGAGAGCGGAAAAAGGGAGAGAAUACAGAAUGCUUUGCCUGCAUUUUUUCCCAAGAGGUCAAGACUGCCGGUAAAAAAAGAGUACAAAUUGUAUAUGUAGUGGACGAGUACUAGGACUGGAGGUCAUCUACUAGGUGUUGUGACUACAUGGUGCUAGUAUAAGUUCUGUAUCCUUGGAUGUCUAGGAUGACCAGCAAUUUGCCACGUUUGGUGUUCUGACAUUUGCUUGUGCCUUGGACGAAUACUGAAUAGUACUCUCUCCGUUUCAAUUUCAGGUUAUAAGAAGUUUUGACUUUGA